GUGACCCUAAAAUGUCAAAAUGGAGCAUGACUUCGAUGUGCUUUUCAAAUGUUUCAAAUCAAUUUUUCUUUGUUUUAUGUUGUCUGUGACCUACUUAGCUAGUCUUCAUGUGUGGAAUAGCCCUUACAGCAGGGACCAUCCCUCAACAAUCAAGAAAAGAUUUAUUAGCGUGUUUGCGAUGCUCUUCAUUUCGCCAUGUUUUUUAUACAUAGGAUUAGAUAACGAAACUUUGGAAAAGAUAUCUUUUCUGGAAAUAUUGGGAAUUAAAUCUCAGGGACUAUGGCGUGCAAUAUUUUUACCAUUGUUUUUAACUAUGACUCUUUUCUUGGGGCCAAUUUCCAUGGAAAUUUGGAGUGGAGUGUCGAAAAUAUUUAAGGGAAAUAAAGAGGGAAAAUGCUGUUUUCCAGACGUAACCAACUUAAUAUGGAUAAGAAAUCAUGUAGUAGCUCCUAUAUCGGAGGAAUUCACGUACCGAAGCUGCAUGCUUCCUAUUUUAAUGCAGCACUUCAGCGCUUCUACGGCGAUUUUUAGCUGCCCUCUAUUCUUUGGAGUGGCCCAUUUUCACCAUUUCUGGGAGAGGAGAAACCACAUGGGUAUGAGCUUUAAGUCAGCAUUGAUAAUAUCAUGUUUUCAGUUUACCUACACCACACUCUUUGGAAUGUAUUCCGCCUUCAUAUUCUACAGAACCGGCCAUUUCGUAUCGGUUGUCGCAGUCCACGCCUUUUGCAACCAUAUGGGCUUUCCAGAAAUCAGGGAAAUCGGCACUUACAAGCCCGGAAAAAUGAUGAUUAUCAUAAGCCUAUUUUUUAUUGGGUUUGGAAUGUGGUGCUAUUUAUUGAGACCACUAACCGAACCGAGUCUUUUUCAAAAUGAACUGUACUUAUAGCAAAAAUAAUAGAAUGAUGAUUUUGAUACAGCUCUACGAAAUUUCAAUUCGAAUCAAUUUUUGGAUUCGAGAUGUGAGGGAGGGAAAAAUAAUGACAAUAAAUUUCAUGCGGUGAUAAGAGGGCAUAUUUAUAGCACAACACACACUACUUUUUCUAUGUGGAAGUCGAACUUGUGCGUUUACUUUGAAGAAUUGAAAUUUUGGGAGGUAACAAGUACUUAUAUAAAGACGUCGUAUAAUUGUUAUCUAUAUCUACCAAGUCACAAUAAUGACAUAUCCGCCAUUUAGUUCAAAACGAAUUUGAUAGUCGUUUGAGAUGACAAGUGACAAAUAAUCGGAAUUUCAAAUUUAUAAAGGAAAUAGUAACUGAUGGACUAAAUGAAUAUGAAUCUAUUGAGAAAUCUUAUCUCACGUCAAAACAAAAAUGCUGUCUCUUGACUUGUGGUUCGCAAACCAAUUUGGUUAGUGAAUCGCGCGUAAAGAGACGGUAUAUAGGAACCUAGGCUUCCUUGGUCGGAGUCACGUUUAGAGAACAUAAAAUCCAGGCUUUGAUCGCAUGGACCUUGUAGUACAAAACGUUUCGUCCGCUACUGCGGCAGACAUCAUCAGUAUAUGUAUGUUGUAUGCGAGGCGAAGUCUCAGCAUCGUCGAUGUCUCAGGUAUUGUUGAGACUUCAAGAUAUAUUCAUCGUCCUCGCAGUCAAUGCACAUACCACUGAUGAUGUCUGCCGCAGUAGCAGACGAAACACUUGGCGUACAAGUUCCAUUGUUCUAGUGUGAAGAAAGUGUUUUCAAUCUACUUUAUUGAACCAAUUGAAGUGACUUGUCAUUGUGAGUUCCACUGUAACAGAAAAGUUGGGUUAACCAAUUUUCAGAAAACUGUAUUCGAAAUGUAACCAAUAUCGAUUGAGUUUUUGUAACUUCAAAUUGAUAAUCCUUUAGCUUCCUUUAUAUUUGAACGAUUGGUGAAAAUUUGUCCUUGUUGUGACGAUGUUUUUAAUGGACAUUAUUGCCAAGACUGAAUAUUACUCUACCGUUGUUAUCACUCUAGGAAAAUUUGUAAGUAAAUCGAAAUAUUUUCCAACAUUAGUGUUGUUCUCAGGGAGAAAGUGAUCGGUUUGAACCGCCAUAAAUUUGCUUAAGUUUUAAUUCUACUGAUUACAAAUAUCUUUUUGUUCCAGUCUGAUUUUUAGUGCCAUUUUUUCAACAAAAAUUCGUAAUUCUAUGUUUUUUGUCAGAAAUAUCUGGGAAACUAACCACAAUUUUUUGAUAUCUUGAUACGGAAAUUGAUUUCAUUCCUGUGUCUUUUAAAUGUCAAUUAUUGUUGAAAUAAAGAAGUUGUCUUGAAAAUA